CGCAGGGCUGAGCCGAGCCACAGCGCUGGGGCUCGCAGCACCCACCAUGGCCUCCCGUAGCGCGGGCACACUAUUGACCGAAUUCAAUGCCGCCUUCGUGCCCCCCGCCCUCAUGCCCGGGUAUAAAGGCCAUGUCCCCGGUGUGGCUUCCUCCUUCGGCUCCCCAUAUGGCAACACCACCUUCAAGUACUUCCAGGACCUCCGCAAUACAGCCGUGGAGAAGAGCUAUGCACUCCUCAGUGGAGGCCGCUUUCCCACCAUCUACUCCCCUAACCCCGCCCUGGUGCUGGAUAGCCAAGUGCAGAACUGGGAUCGCUGGCUGCAUCUGCCCAUCUACACGCGGUUCAACCUGGACAAAGGGCGCAACUCCGAGAUCACUAACUUCUACCAGACAGUACAACAGCAGCGGCAGUACUACAAGGACAAGACUGGCACGGUGCCCCGCGUUCCCUACUUCGUGCUGCCCGUGAAGGAGCAGAGCCGGUACCCCCUACCCACCGACUUGCCUCCUCUGAGCCCGAAGAGUAAGUGGCACCUUCUCAGAGUGUCCCCCGACUACCUGAAGCCCUACCAGACCUUCCCAUCAGGGAAGAGAGUCUCCUCACAAGAGCGGCAACGGAGGGACCUUUACUUCGAGUUCAGAGCCUGAAACCAGGUGGCUGACACCAGGGAGCCUUGGCCUGACCAGGCUGGCUUGCUUGAAAUAAAAUCUUCAGCCACAACCACCCCAUGUGCCUCUCCUUUGGAUCUGUCACCAUGCGUGAAGGUAUUCUGAGCACCUGGGAGAGCCAAGCCUAAGAGAGUCAAGCUAAGACACAGUGUUAGCUGCAGUGGGCCACCCAACUGCUCCCAAGUUGAGGCAGGUGGGACUGGAGGGUCUGACAAAGGUCAGGGUCACGUGUCUGCCCAGGCGGGUCCCUCAGGCAUGGAGACCUCACACCUGCUUUCACUGGCAUAAUUGAGAACACCCAGCCCGCGUCUGGAAGUGGGUGCCACGGCUCCCAAACAGCUGCCCUGGGUAUUCACGCUUAGCCAACUUUUUCUCUUUUCUCGGUCUAGGACCCCAGCCUGUGGGAUUUUGCCACUCACAUUCUGAGUGGGAUUUCCACCCUCAGUUAACUGACUCCACAAACACCCUCUCUGACGUAUGCAAAGGUGUGUGUCACUAACUCCAUAGGUGUUUCUUCGUCCACUCAAAUUGACAGUCAAAAUAAGCCUCACUCGUGGGAAGGAACUGUCCCUGGAGCCUUGGUGUUAUUUAAUUGACCUUUAUGAUAACUUGUAAGCACAGCGUCUCACUGAAGAUGUGGAACUUUCAGGAUGCUGAGAAAGUUGCCCAAGCACACACAGUAAGGAAAGGACACAGACAAGAUUUGAACCAGGUUUUUGGGACUCCCCAGUUCUGGCUUCUCACACAGCCAAUGUGGAGACAUAAGGGGUCUUUAUGAGCCAGAGGGGUCUGGCAGUGGGGCAGCUUUUGAUGAGAAACUCUUUGAACAUCAGUAUUUAGCAUGGACUGGCAGGAGCCAGCUGAGUGGGCAUCUACCCUUAGGCUUAGGUCUUUUUUUUUUUUAAAGUUUUCUUGAGACAGGGUUUCCUGGAACUGCAGCCUUGGGUGUCCUGGAACUCGCUCCGCAGACCAGGCUGGCCUUGAACUCAGAGAUCUACCUCCCUUUGCCUAUCAAGUGCUGGCGCUAAAGGCAUGUGUCACCACCACCCAACAAAGAGCUGGAGGGUGAACAUUCUACAGGUGAAGGAGGGACAGGGACAAGCCAUCCUUCAAGUCAGAUCCCACCGUGCCAGGGCGCAGGGGAGGUCCAGUGGUCUUCCUCGAGGCUGCUGGGCCACAGGGUACCUCCAUAUCAACAUCCCCAGAAAUGAAUCCGAAAGGAGCUGGAAGGAAGAAUCCAGAGAUAUUUCAGGGCCCCAUCAGGCCUGUUUCUGUAGACAAAGUCUCUUGCUGGCACCAGGGAGCCCUGUGACCAGCCUGUCUCCGCCUCCCCAGCCUGGGUAUCGCAAGCAUACGCCAUUACACUCAACUUCUGCUAUAGACUCCAGGGAUGAAACUCUGGUCCUCAUGACUGCACAGCAUAGCAAGCCGUUCACCAAUUAAGCUAUUUCUCCAGCCCCUAAACUUUCUUUAAGCUUCUCUUAGCAUCACCAGAAAACAAAAGGUUUCUGAAUUUGGAGGUGUCGGAGCCAAUAGAAAGAAAUGGUAGCGAUUUAGACACAGGUAAAAGGCAAAUAGGGUUCCAGUGCCAAGGUUGUGUGGGGCUGUUGUGGAGGAAGAGGAAUUCCCUCCGAGAGGACUGAUCCCAAGAGAGACCUACGUAGGUUCUGCCCUAGCCACAGCCUUCUGAUGGUAGUCACGAUGGAGUCAGGAGCCUUCAUCUCCAUCCUUGUGGUUGGAAGAGGUAUGGGCCCAGCUGGGCCAAUCAGAAUCACUCUGGAAAUUUGGAGUUGAGCUGAGAUACCACUUAAGGGUCCCUGAGGUUCAAUCAAACAUAACAUAAACUGUUGGGAAGCUGUGACACAUGACGGCCCCGUGUCUGACAAUCCAGAGGUUGCUGGUGUGCAACGGAAGGUAGGCGUGGACGAGUAGAGAAGUAGGGUUAAUGGAGGUAGAGAUGGGUUGGAGAAAAGGAGAGAGAGGGAGAGAGAGAGAGAGAGAGAGAGAGAGAGAGAGAGAGAGAGAGGAGGGGGGGGACAUGCAGCUGCCUGGGCUUCUGCCAAGGUUCCUGCUCAACCCCGCUCUGUUCUUUUUUUUUUUUUUUUUUUUUUUUGAGUUGGUUUGUAAAAUUCUCCAGAGUCACCAUCCUUCCUCCUCAUCAAAAUCAUCUUGUCUGUGAGAUCAAGGGGCAGCGUUAGGGGCAAGUGUGCCGGACACGUCACGGGAUGCUGACUCAGCACAAGGAAGGCUGUUCUCGCCGGACUGUUCAGUCAUAAUGUGGACUACCUCUGGGGAGGAUGCAUUUGUUCCAAACUGGAAGGAACCGGAAGACUGACAAAUGCAGCCUUGGGAACACAGAGGGCCAUCAUCUGGAGGGAGGCUGGAGCAGAAAUCAGCGAGGUCUCUUCUGCUCUCAGGUUUUCAGGGCUGUGCCCAUGCCUUGCUGAGCAAUGUGAGCACGUGAACGUUGCGAUGUGUUCAUGUCAUGCUAAGCUGCGGCACCACGUGCUGCCCAUCCCCCGUGGCGGCUGCUCGCCGGGGAGGGGCGGGGAAUCUGUGCUGCCCACUCCAGGCUUGACCCUGGAUCCCUUCCCAAGAAGAUGGCCUGGGAUCCUGGAGCUCUGUGGUCACCGGGC